CAUUGUAUUCUCUGCCCCCCUGCGACCACGUAGCCAUAGUCCUACGCACACAGGUAGGGGCUGUACAUGGUAAGUAUAUACUCAGUACAUGGUCUGUAGCACCGCUACAAGUGUAGAACUUCCGUCUCGGGACCAAGUCCUGGACCGACCUGAUCCAGGCUUCCUCCUAUUCUUCGGCCUCUUCUAUUUCAUAAACGGCCAGCUCCAGCUCCGACUCGCGACAGCUCUUUUACCCAUGUAGCUUUUUCAUUUCUUCUUCAUCACAGCUAUUUGGGGGGGUUUUUUUUUUCUUAAACUCCCAGCUCCUCCCCAGGUCUGGUUUCGCUGGGGUGCUUUUGUCCCUUUCUUCAUGCACCAUCAGCUCCUACCCCCUGAUCUACCACCCACUACCACCUAAGCAGGUAGGUAGGUACACUUAAACAGUGACCUCAACUGCCUACCUCACUCACUGCCUUGACCGUUCGUUACUAGCGCCUGUGUCCCCCGAAGAAAAAUCAUUACAAGGGCGCUAUCCCCCCCCCCCAGUCUCUUUUACUUUUUAUAAUUAUUUGUAUUUUCCCUCCCGAUCCCUCCCCUUGGGACUAGUAGAUCUAUCCUCUCUGGGCCAUCCGUCUUCUCGCAUCUUUGCAAUCUCACCAUCCCACUCCUCUCCGCUUCUCUCGUCUUGUUCUCACCCCGACUUAUCCGCCACUCUUCUCUUCGACAACCCACUCAAGAAGAAUUAAUUCCUCACAUACGCACACACACACAGACACACAUUAACCCAUUCAUCGGACUCUAGCGCUCUUCACAGCUAGCUUCUAUAACCUAUCCGUCCGCCGACGCAGCUCCCGCCGCCCACCCAUCCGAUACGAUUUUACGACAGCACCGCGUACGAUCCGAACCCACCGAUCGCACCGUUCACUGCGCUCCCUGGUUGCCUUCCUGUGCGUUCCCAACGCCUCCUUCCUCUAUUUCGAUCCCCGAUCCCUCUUCGAUCCUCACUCGGCUACACCAUCGGCUCGCGGCUCGACAUACACAUCCGUCGCCGACGGUCCGUCUAAGCUCCCAAUUGACCACCCGUCGACGUUUCUCCCCCACAUCACCUCCGUCCGGUGUAGACCAUCACAGUCAUGGCAGCAGCAAAUAACGCCCAGAACGUCAUCCGCAGGAAGCUCGUCAUCAUUGGCGAUGGUGCCUGCGGAAAGACGAGUCUGCUGAGCGUCUUCACUCUCGGUUACUUCCCCACGUACUCGACGCAGCCCGUCAACCCCGAGCCCCGAUCCCUGACGAGACAUGACUUACAGAUCCCCACCGUUUUCGAAAACUAUGUUACCGACUGCAGAGUAGAUGGCAAGUCGGUUCAGCUGGCGCUAUGGGAUACCGCCGGACAAGAGGACUACGAGCGGUUACGUCCCCUGGCAUACUCCAAAGCGCACGUCAUCCUCAUCGGCUUCUCCGUCGACACCCCCGACUCCCUCGACAACGUCAAGCACAAGUGGGUUGAGGAGGUCACGCGUCUUUGCCCCGGCGUCCCUAUCAUUCUCGUUGGAUUGAAGAAAGAUCUCCGUGAAGACCCCGUCGCCAUCGAGGAGAUGCGCAAGAAGUCGUUGCGUUUUGUCACCCACCAGGAGGGUGACGCCGCAUCCAAGGAGAUUGGCGCGCGGAAAUACCUUGAGUGUUCCAGUCUCAGCGGCGAGGGAGUUGACGAUGUCUUCGAGGCCGCCACGCGCGCAGCCCUGUUGACCUUUGAGAAGGGCGAGGGCGGCGGCUGCUGCGUCAUUCUGUGAGCGACGCAGCCCCCCUCACCCCUCUUGCUCUUUAUUUUCCCUUUCGAUCGACUACCAGUGCGGGCACGACACAGCGAAUCAGACGGGAACUCGACAAGGUUCUCUGCAGAGGAGAGACGGCGGCAGUGUUGGACCACGAGUCACCGAAAUGCAGACCCAGCGCCAAUGGGAUAUGCGCCUAUUCAAGUCGACGACGGCGGGAUGAACGGGCCGUCUGCCGCGAGUAGGCCACAGCCCUGGAGGCCCCCCCACCCCCCUCCCCCAACGCCGAAGCCGCGCAGAAGGCCGGGAGCGAACCCGGAUGGUCAACGCUCCCCGAAAGCUACCUCCGAGGCGCUCCCCCGUCUUACACGUAUCGCGAAUCACCCGAGUCAUCUUUAAUGCUCUCUUUAACCGCCCCUCCUCCUCCUUUUCCAGCUUAGCGGCGCUACAGCGAGCAGGCACAGCGUGAUAUCUCAGCGACGACCGACGUCUUUUUUGCGAGAAUAAGGGGCAUUGCUCUGUUUUUCUUUGCCCUUAUUCAUCUCUGUGUGUAUUAAUAGGAUAGCGUAACAUAGAACGACCCAAAAGUUUCAAGUUCAGGAAAGCUUUGAUUUUUGGGGGAGUUUUUUUUAGUAUUUCUGCUGCUUUGAAGUCUUGGUCUUUCUAUUUUGCGCUGGGGGGACCAUGUUGCGUUUUCUCCCCCCCUUGAACUGGAGGGCAGAGAGAGUGUGUGAAAGAGAGAGAGAAUGGAAGAUGGAAGUCACUUAAACGCAACCUACGUUGUAAGAGGAAAGAAAACAAGUGUCCUAAUGCUUCAAACUCGAAUUAUUGACUUCCCUUUCCCUCUCCCCUUCGUUGUAUGUCCAUUGAUCAGGCCAAUCCUACAGUAUUUACUACAUGGGGAGUGACGCAACCACUCUGUGGUGGUGGUGGUGGUGGUGGUGGUGGUGGUGGUAAUAGUACAUGGGGAGACGCGCAAGUCUCUCUCUCCCACUCUCUCCCACUCUCUUUGUCGUUCAGUCUCAACUUGUCCAGGAGCUCUCGUCGCCGCCUCCUUUUUUUGAUUUUGUACAUAUCCAAACCUCCCUUGGCAUCUCCGAAUCUCUCUGUGCUUCUCGGCCGGCCU